AUGAUUACUGAUGCUGAAGGUGAGAUGAGUGAAGCCGAACGGAGAAGAUUAUUCAAGAACGGUUUGAAAACGUCAACCUAUCUACGAAAUGCAAGCGAAAUGCUGGCUGAAGCUGGUCUCCCAUCGUGCCUCGCGGGACAUUUCUCAAUUCGAUCAAAACAAGCAUUCUUUGAUGUACAAUCUUUGGCUGCAUCGAGCACAUCUAGUUUGAAUACCAAUCUCGAAAUGGCAUAUUUGGAUUUGGAGAUUAAAGAUCGUUGUAAACGUUGCUGGAUGAACUUACGCAAAAGUGGUGCCUACAAAACACACAUUCAAACACCGAAAAAACAAGAUGAUCCGAAACGAAAAACAAGAUUACUUGCAACUUGUGCAUAUUGUGGACAGACGAUGGUAUGCAAAAGUGCACAAUUCGAGAAGAAUCUCGCUUAUCCAAAACGAAGGCACAGCAAAAAGCCUGUCACCCGAGAACCGCUUGAUAUGGAGUCAAUUUCGAUCACUGCUUUCAAUUCAACGAGCUCUCCAACAGCCACAUCACCGGCAUUAAAAGAUAAAAGUUUUUCAUCAAACUCGUCAAGAAGAAAGAAAAAAGCCUCCAAAUUGGCAUCUCUUGUUGCCGAAGAAGAAAAGACCACUCAAUCGUCUCUUUCCAGCUUUCUCAAUUCGUUG